AUGGUUCUUCUGCGGGAGAAAAGCGAAGGAUUUAUCUCAGCUUUUGAUCGUAACGCUGAGAAUCUUCAGGAUCUAAUCAAUACACUGAGAGAAAUAACCGACAGGAUGGAGGAAGUUCAUCGGAAAGCCACGAUCGGAAGCCUCUCUGGGAGAUCGAUCAGAGCAGCUGGUGGAAUCACCACCGCCGUGGGGGUUGCUCUGGCUCCGGUUACUAUGGGAGCGUCGCUGGUUGCUACGCGAGUAGGUAUUAGCGUAGCAACGGCGGGUGGAAUAACUGGAGCUGCGUCCAACAUCACCGACAGGAUAAAGCAGAAAACGUUGCGUAAAGAAAUCGAAGAGACUCUGGACUCCAUUCAGAACCAACUCAACCCCAUAAUCGAGAAGCUGGUAGAAAUCGAGACAGAGAUGAAUAACCUGGAUUGGAACCCCGGACCACUCGGAAUAUCCACACUAGAUAUAACACAAACAAUACAGCAAGCUAGCACCGCUAACAUCAGACCAGCUACAGAACAGGUGUCUAGAACCGUAAAAAAAGGCGCAGUGAUCAAACAAGUCCUGGUAAAUCUUUUUGGCGUCGCUAACGUUUACUUUAUCGCUCAAGACGCCAAAGAACUUCGGAGGAUAAAGAGACGGAGGAAAGGAAAAGUGGUGAAUUCAGCUAAACUCCAGUUUAUUGAUGAAAUAAAGAGAAGCAUCACGGCUCUAGAAGAAGCUCUGGAGGAGCUGAAGGAGGUUAAAGCGCUGCUGGUUCAGUGGCUACGAUGCUAA